AAGAUUGAUUACAGAAAAUUGCAUACAAUGCUCUGGACUGAAUAUCAUUCAGAUAGGUGGGUGCCUUGGUAUUGCUACUGAUGACCUACAGAAAAGGUAAAUUUGAGUAUGUUUGGGGACUUACCUAGUAAUCCUAAAACACAGGGUUCAGGAAGCAGAUUUCUUAGUUGAGUUUCUGUAUAGUUUGAAGAAUCCUAGUUUUAAUAUACCAGGAGAAAUAGGCCUUAUGUCUAACUGAAAAAUCUGACGGCAUUUUAGUUAAUUAAAUUCUCUGAAGCAUCCCUACCUGUGAGGUAGGGAAAGUACAUGAUAUCCAAGGAUUCAAUCACUUUCAAAAAAAUGUAGCUGCCUAAGGUAUUAAUGAGUUGGAUUUAUUUAUUAAACCAGUAUUCAGCCCCAUUUGUGUUACAUUUGAAGAGCUUCCUGUACUACUGAAAUGCCAGGAAUGGCAGUGGAAAGGCUGUGGUGAAGGAAUGAUUAGGUAAAGGAGAUUAUUCCCAAAAUCAAGGUUCAGGAUUUAACAGGCUAGGACUUUCUGAACUGGGUGUCUGUUAUGAAGCCUCUGUAACCUCUGAGGAUCUUGGGGCUCCCUGUUUUUCUGGAACACUAGAUGUCAAGUAGUCACAACUCCGCUUCACCUUGCCCCUAAUUCACCUUAGCAGCAUAUGUCUCUAAGGAUUCAGUUUCACCACACAGGGUGAGCAGAAAUAGCAGCUUACUGUCAUUGAAAGAGGGAAAUACAGGUCCCUCAUCUCAGCCUGCUCUGUCUCCUGGCUGUGCUUUUUCGCCUCUUACCUUGUACAACUGUUAGCAGUUGCUGAAUUCCUCUGCAAGCCCAUUUAGUUCCCUAGAACAAGAGGAAAAAAGACAUUGGAAGAAAAAAAAAAAAAGGUAGUUCUUUUAUUUGUUCCUACAUUAGUAACUAGUGUGAUGCAGUAAGAGUGAAACCAUAGACCAAGGUGUUUGAUGCUGGAUAACCAGCUGCCCACUCUCUGUGUUUUGGGGUGUUUCAGAUUACCUCUGGUCCUAGCCUGUAGACUACAUGGCCAUUAUUUGGGCAUUCACGUUGGAGUGUAUUAGGUGUGCUUCUGGAGUACAUCUUUCCGUUUCAUCUACAACUGUCCAGUCUGUGUGCUUUAAGACUGCUCCGCCAUGCAAACCAAGCAUGGUAGCUUAAAGAUGGAUGCUUCCAAAGGAGUUCAGCCUACAGGAGAGUUCACAUGUCAGCUAUGUGGCUUAACAGCUCCAUACAUAUACUAUGGACAGAAGCCACCCAACACACGCUCUAUUGUGCUUUUGGAAGAAAGCUAUGUCAUGAAGGAUCCUUUCACCCCUGACAAGGACAAAUUCCUCAUCCUUGGGUCUCAUUGCAGUUUGUGCAGCAGAUCAGUGUGCGUUGGUACAGAAUGUAGUCUGUUCUACUCCAAAAGGUUCUGCCUCCCCUGUGUGAAUGAAAACCUAAAGGCCUUUCCUUUGGAAAUACAAGAAGAUAUGGAUAAAAGGAAGGCCCAACAAAAAUCCUUCCCCUGUAAAAAAAUGGAUACAGGAACAUAAAUAUGAAGGACCAAGAGAGACAGAUAUUUGGCAGGGGUUUCUCUUCUCUCCUUUUGGAGACUAUCAUGUUGCUCCUUUUAAAGAAGUGACCUUCAUCAGCUCACUACUACAGAACACAGUAACACAUUUCCUUACAAUUGGCUUGGUUUCAAACAUAACCAUCCAGUGAUUGCAGUGCCAGCAGUAUGUCCUUAAGGUGUUGAGGAGCCAGAAAAAACAGCAGACAAGCGUGUUGUCACCACAUGAAAUGCAUAUAGUAAAAAACCUAAACAGCAUAUAGCAUAGAGCCCAUGUCCAAAUUUUCGUAUUUGUUAUUUUAAUGUAUUAUGUUAUUCUUGACACUCCUACAGUGUUACAAAAAUCUGAGCCAGAUGUAUCUGGCUUAAUUCAAUAUACAUACAAGAAAGUCAGUAUACACCAAUUGUUAACCUGACAGUGCUGUCCUGAUAAGGUAUUACCAUAGACAAGGAGUUCAAAGCUUUAUUGUAAAGUCUAAAAUAAAACUGUUAUGAGAAAAUGUCACAGAUAUCCAUAGAAAUAUCUCCAUUCUUCAAGACUAUAAUAAAAUUAUAAAAUAAAUAGAAUAUAUAAUAAAUAAAAUUAUAAAAUACUAUCACAGCUUUAACACUUCUGAAGGUAGGUGCUCUUAUAAUAAAAUAAUAAUUAAAAAAAAGAUACAAGUCACUUGCACUUGCACUCACUUGGCACUCAGCCUUCUGGUUCAUGUCAAUAUAGUGACAGGAGAGGACCCUUAAUACAUCUAGUUUUUGCUUUACAGGUAAAGAUUAACUGAUAUUAAAUUGAAAAGGAAUACAAAAGUUCAGUUAAUAAGCUCAAUUCUUACCUGAACUGGGCAAUUAAACUGUACCUAGAACAGGGGUUUCAGAAACAGUUUCAGUCAAAAAAAGAGUAAAAAAAUUGUGAGGCAAAUAGCAAUUUGUUUAGCUCAAAAAAUUAGCUGCUCAAUUACUUGUGUUGAUUUUGCCUUCAUUACAAGGAAAAUUUAGGUGACAUUUAUGUAAAACCAAAUAGUCACACACCUUAAGAAGAUGUCUAGAAUGCUCCUGAAUGACCAAAUCACAUUAUUUAGUCAAGCUUUUGUUGGUCAUUGGUUCAGAACCAGUUAAUGUCUUGUUAGUAUCUCCUCUUUUCUCAACUAUCCUAUCCAUAUAAUUUGUCAUAUGUCAACAUCUAAACUUGAUCAUUUUAGUAGAAUGAUCUGUAUGUCUGUUAAAAGAAAUGAACGUUAUUUCAGCGAGUUCUUUUUAGUUCUUCAGGAUGUUUGUGUCCUAAAGUAAAUCUUUUUUUUUUUUUUUUUUUUUCCCUGACCCUAGUAUGUUGGUGUCCUCUGUUGAGGACUGGAAUUUCUGCGGUUACUAGAGGAGCAAUAACAGACCUGUUAGUACCCUUCUCAAGCUCUAUGUGCUUUAUGACAUUAUAUAUGUAUAUGUGUGUAUAUAUAUAUAUAUGUGUAUAUACAUACACACAUCUUUGUGGGAAAAAAGAUACAUGUUAGAAGUCAACAUUUCAGAUUCCUUUUUGCAGUGACAAGAGACUACACUUUCACAGAAAAUGAUAUUAAAUUUAUUUAAAAUAGGUGGUAUUAAGUUUCCGUUUUAUGUUAGACUUUAAAAGUUUUAGUGUAUCUUACCAGCUCUGUACAAAUAACAGAGGCAUAAACCUCUGUGCUAAAACCAGAACUUUAAACAGAACGAGAGAUGCUAAAAAGAGAAUUGCAGCGCUUUUCUGUCUUAAAAUUGUAGUCUUAUAGUCAAGGUGACAAAAAGCAACAUAGUUAUGUGAGAUCAUGUAAUAUGUUUAUACCAGCAAAUGUCUUUGUAAAACACUAUUUCCUGUAUGCAACAGGUUAUAUCUCAACUCUUAGCUUGAGAGUACAUUUUAGAAGCCUGGCUAGCGCAGUUCGCAUCUAAACGUGAGUGUGUCUUUCAGUUGUAUGACAUGCAAGUCUGUCUUGGGACUGGGGGAUGCGCCUACUAAUGUGCUGGGAAGGAGCUGGUGUCUCUGAACUGUUUUGCCUCCUGUUCAACCUCCUCUGUGCUCUUAAAGAAAAAUGCAGUUAACUCAUUUAUUCAUAAUCAUUAUCUUUGCCAUCAUGAGAUGAUAGCAGCAUCAUUUAAAGCCCUCAGAAAUGACCCUACCUUUAAGUGAUUGUUCAGUUGAACCAGAGGGGAAGUAGACUCAGUUACUAAAAGGCAGCCGAACCUGUAACUACAGAAUUUUUAAUUUGGUCCAGUACAGCUCAUUUAUUUCUCUUGAGCACAACAGAGAAAGCCAAGUUAAGGGUACCUCUGCUUCACAGUUACCUAGUUACACAUACCUUUUAGGUGAAGAAAAUCGUAUUUCCAACAAGUACCACAAACUGGCUCAAUAGCUCAGGGCUGUUAGAUAUGUUCUGGCAUCUCUGGUCUAUGCUUUAGGGUAAGAAGGUUGACCUACAUACAACUUGGUAUUUUCUGGAAUGACAAAGCAUUAUUAUGUAUUUCAUAUUCUUAUAUUCACAUUGAACAUAAGCAUUAUGGACUUGGUAUAUUGUUUUGGUAUGUAUGUGGUUUCACAGACGAAAUGCCAUCAUGCCCAAACUUACCAGCCACGAGGCCUACUCUUUGAGGAAUGCAGUCGUUAUAGUUUGGUUUCAUCAGGUUCUGCAAGUACUUUCUGCUGCUCAGAAUCAGGCCUUCAAUGCUCCUCAGCAUAGCUUGUGAUUCUUUACCCUCUGCUGUAAAUUUUGCUUCAGCACUCUUACCAGCUUAAUAAAUCCCCAGAUUCUUGAAGGAAACCAAUUAUCAGUGAUAUAUCCUUCCAACAGAUUUAAUUGAAGUCAUGCUCAUCAAAUUAGUGUGCUAUACUUCAUGGAGAAGUGCAUUCAGUGUUUGUUGAAUUCAACAAACGUCUCAACCUGGUCACAGUCAAUGAGAAUGAAAGGACACAGCAGGACGGUGGGUCGGCAGACAAACUGAUGAAAUAGCUAUGUAAAUACAUAUUAUGUAUGCAAUGUGUGUAUGUACGUUACACGCACGUUCCCAAUUUAAAGGGUGUGUCUAACAGUAAACCUGUAAGCAUCAGCACUUUAAAGAUGUUUGAAAUAUCAUUCCAACUUCAAAACGUCCUUGCAAUACUCACAUCUUAUUAUGUAGUAAGCGUACUUAACACAGUUUGUUAACAGGUAUUUGAUACUAACCCAAAAAAACCUGGGCACCAAUUCCAUCAAAGGUUGCUUGUCCACUCUUGUUCACUGCUAGAAAUCAGCAUGAUUACUCCCUGCUCUAAUGUUAAGCAGCUAAGUUUUUUCUGAAGCAGGCUUUGUAUACCAAAUUAAGGCAAAUCAGGUGAAGGCAAAAUCAUUCAAGUUCUUAACUACAGCAGAGCAGCACAAAACACAUAUUCAUGCCACUGGUACUAUGGCAGGAGCAACAGGCGCCACCGUUCUCAGCUGCGCCACCACCCUGCACUCCCCAGAUCCUGAUUUGGCAAACAUUUACACAAGCUAUCAGUUGCGAUCGUUAGUGGUUGUUCAAGAGCACCAAACAGAACUGCUCCCAUGUACAUAAAAGUUACUCAUGUGUGCAGAGUCUUUGAAGGAGGGACUCUUAAGAUUUGGCAGCUGCUUUGGGUAAUGUACAAGAGGCAGCUAGCAAGCGUGUUUGUGUCAAAACCAUGACAUUACAGUGAAUUACUUCCCUGGAAGUAAAAGAUCAGCACAAGUCAUUAAAUUCACUUCUAAAAAUACUUUAUUUUUUUUUUUUAAAACCAUUAAGGCAAAUCCAUAUUUCAAAUUAACUGUGUUUACAUUCAGUCUUAAAGGAUGACUUUUUAAUUUUUUUAAAGCACAUAGGUUCCUACCAGUCUCUAUACAAACACUAUGAAUUCAACCUCUUAUUUUUAAAGGAGACAGAAAAAUCAGAAUGCAAAAAAGACAAAAAAUGUUUAGUUCAAGUUUUUUUCAUCCUAGAUCAGUAGGCUGGUAACAUCUGAGAAUGCAUUGUCAUAUUUAGCUAUGUGUAAUUUUUACAUUCCCAAGUGCAAGAGACUUUGUCUUUCCUGUAAAUCCCUGUGAGACCAGGGCUUCCAUUCUUUCUUGAAAAUUUCAUUUGCAUUGUUCUGACAGAAAGAAACUUGGGAACUUGGCUUGAAUUAGUGGUAUUUUACUGGGAAACAAGCAUUCCAUGAGAACUGGGUUUGACUACUCCCUGCAAGAAAUGUCUGUUCUUUUAAGCUCCAUAUUUACUGUAAUAAAAUGUACCCAGAACCUCCUAAAAACA